GGCGCCCGGCACGGCCCCGGCGGCUUCUCCCGGUGAGCGGAGCCCGCGCCGCCCAUUCAGCCCCCUCAGCCCCGGCCCUGAGGAGCCCCGCAGAGGGGCCGCGCCCGGCGUGGCAUCAUCUUUGUGCAUCAAUGAAGAGUCCAAACAUGGCUUUGUUCAAGCAACAGAAGGUGGAGGACGUUUAUGAAAUUGGGGAAGAGCUAGGAAGUGGCCAGUUCGCGAUCGUGAAGAAAUGUAGAGAAAGGAGCACUGGUUUGGAGUACGCUGCUAAGUUCAUUAAAAAGCGUCAGAGUCGGGCCAGCCGUCGUGGAGUGAGGCGUGAGGAAAUUGAACGGGAGGUGACUAUUCUGCAGCAGACCCUACAUGCCAACAUCAUCAAGUUGCACGACAUCUAUGAGAACAAGACGGAUGUGGUCCUCAUCCUUGAGCUCGUGUCUGGUGGAGAACUUUUUGACUUCCUAGCACAGAAGGAGUCUUUGAGUGAAGAGGAAGCAACCAGAUUCAUCAAGCAGAUUUUGGAUGGUGUGAACUACCUUCACUCUAAGAAAAUAGCUCACUUUGAUUUAAAGCCUGAAAACAUUAUGCUUCUAGACAAAAAUAUCCCUAUUCCACACAUCAAACUCAUUGACUUUGGUCUGGCUCACAAAAUAGAAGACGGAGUUGAAUUUAAAAACAUUUUUGGAACUCCAGAAUUUGUAGCUCCAGAAAUAGUAAAUUAUGAGCCACUGGGACUAGCUGCAGAUAUGUGGAGCAUAGGAGUCAUCACCUACAUACUGCUUAGCGGUGCAUCGCCUUUCCUUGGAGAAACUAAGCAAGAAACGCUUGCUAACAUCACAGCUGUGAAUUAUGAAUUUGAUGAAGAAUUUUUCAGCAAUACCAGUGACCUGGCAAAAGAUUUUAUUCAGAAACUCCUGGUGAAAGAUACACGGAAACGGCUUACCAUUCAGGAAGCUCUAUCUCAUCCAUGGAUAACGCCAGUGGACAAGCAGCAAGCUUUGGUACGGCGAGAAUCUGUUGUUAACUUGGAAAACUUCAAAAGGCAAUAUGCCAGAAGGCGAUGGAAGCUUUCUUACAGCAUUGUCUCAUUGUGCAACCACUUAUCUCGUUCGCUGGUGAAAAAGGUCCUAAUACAGGAUGGAAGUUUGAGAAACUGUGAAAGUGACAGUGAGGAUCUUCAGCAAAGAAAAGCCACUCUUCAGAGGAGAAGCAGCAUAUCCUAGUGUCAUUAGAAUUCCACGGGCAGGGAACAGAGGAAAGUUUCAUCCUUGCUGAAAAAGCAGUCCUGACAGCAGACCUUAACUUUAGUCUGAAUCCUUGUUACGAUGCUUCCCACUUCUCAAACAACACCAACAACUGGAUAAUGUUGUUGAACAUCUACUGAGCAUUUUAGAAUAUUGUGGGGAUGCAGAUUUCCAGGGAUAUGCUGCAGCACAGGCACCACAUUUUUGCUUUUGUAUGUUGGGCUUUUUGGGAUACUUCAGUCUAUUUGUGAUAUCAACUGCACUCAGGAUGUGGGGUUUCUACUGAUAUUCUUUUACUGCAGAAUAAUUCACAUUUUGCACAAUGACUAAGUCUAUGUGCAUUAUUUCAGUCAGGGAAUUUGUUACUGAGUCUUAAAGAAAAUUUUAUAUGAUUUUUAUAUUUGCUUAUAGCAUAUCUGAUAGCAGAUAUCUGACAGGUGUUAUUGGCUGUGUGCAGUACUCACUCUGCUAUUGCUGUCAUUGAGGAGAAAAUCAUAGUGCCAUUAUAACCUUGAUUUCAUCAACCUAGCAGUAAACAGUUCUCUAUUCCAAUAAGAAUUGUGCUGUGGCUGUCAUCUGUGGCUGGUGAAUAGAAGACUAACACAGCUGCCAUUGAUCAGUUGAGUACAACUGAUUCUUGCCACUGAGAGGAUGAGAUGUGUCAGGGCAUUUUUUGUAUGUGGAAAGAUAAAAAAAAAAAAAUUAAAAAAAAAUCUGUAGAGGCUUAGAGGUUGUCAUGUACCCAAAUAAAACAUUUUUACAGAGUGAUGGGGGGAUGCCUCACAAAGCAGGGCACUUAAAAAAGCUGAAGUAUAUAUUAAAAAAGAGUCUUUAGUCUUUAUUAGAUUUUUUUAUUUUUUGUUUUACUUUGUCAGCAGAUUGGAGAUUCAUUAACACCUAUUUACAUAGGUGCCAUUCAAAUGUAACCCAAACUGCACACACCUGUCUUUUAUUCAAGGAGGUUGUAUUGAAAAUUGAGUAAACUAACACUUUGAGAUAACUCCUUUUUGUGCUAGGAAGUUGUAUCAGUCUAACUAUCAAUCUAUAUAAUAUAAACCAGUGUUGUUCAAUUGGUACAAAAAAUGCACAUAGACAAGGCUAUUUUUUAUAUUGAAUAUACUGGUUGUUAAAAAAUUCAUAUUUAUUUUGCCAUUUAAUAAAUUAAAAAUCACAAAGCAAACCUACUAGAAAGAGGAAUAGAUUGACAGAGAAAAUGAUUUUGUUUGGCUUUAUGGUGAUCACUUCCAGCUUCAGGUUUUAGAGCUGAAGGUGUGAACUAGGUUUUGAAAACUAGGAUUAGGUUAAUUUUGCCUGUAAUCCAGUUUCUGAGAAAGAAAAAUGUGCUACUUUUAUUUAUACUUUUCUAUCCUUUCUUAGGCAAAGGCUAAAAUGCAGUUGACAAGAAAGUAUUUCUGUGAAAGGAAGGAAACGUACAAGAAGCAUUGCAGAAGAGAGGCAGAAAGUAUAAGUUGAGGGAAGAAUAAUAACUUAAAUUGAAGGAAGUGGGGAGGGAGCAAAAGCAGUGGGGAAGCAAGUGGGUAAAAGAAGUCGUGUAGGGAGCAGAAGUGAACCUGGACUGGGAAUGUUGAAGGAAGGGCAAGAGAAAGCAGGUAUAGAAAAUGUGAAAGCAGAAGAAUUAAUGUUUUGGUAAAUAUGACACUGCAUUUUGAUACUAUUGCUUUCAUUUUCUUUUAUUUCAUCUCUUGUGUUGCCAUGGCCUGUGAUAUGUGUCUGGACAAGUGGUAAGGAGAGAGAGCAUGCGUUUCCCAUUUGAUUGAAAGGUGUUCUCUUAGCUGUUUAAUUUUUAACAUAGAAUACUAGUGAAACCCAGAGAAUGGUAGAUAUUGCUCAAGUAUUACAAUAUCAGGCUAAGGUUUCUAGGUUAGUUAAUCGUUCAUUUGUAUUAGCUAAUCUGUAUUAAAACAGGAAACUGCCUCUGCUUGUUAGGGUUUUAGUUCAAAUCUGCUCCUUGGGCUAGCAAUGUUGGAAAGGGAGUUGGCUUGUUGUUUUGUUUUUGUUUUGGUCCCCCAAGUGAAGAUGAGGUCAUUUUGGUCAACCAGGGAAAGUUAGAACUGUGCAGCUACAGAUUCUUUGGCCAUCUAUUUAUUUAUUUUUUUCCUAAUAGUUUUAGUUGUUCUAGUAAGCCUUACCUCACCACAGCCAGCUGGAUACUAGAAGUUUGAGAUGGAUCCUUGGCCAGCCUGGCGUUGUUCUAAACUCCAUUUCAAAUCAAGGAUGGUGUGGCAAUUUAACACCAGUGCUCUCAUGCCUUUUCCUCUUCUCUUACCAAAUUUUGAGGGGCUCUUCCCACAAAGAACCAGGUAAGUUUGAGUCCAGCCUUUCCAGCUCCAAAGCUGAGAGGUGUGAUGUUUUAAGUGACUAUUUUAUCACUUCAUCAAACUGGGGCUAUAUUGGUAGUUCACUCGGCUGACCCGUACCCUAGAUUGAGCACUAGGAGAUUUAUUAAACAAUACAGGGGGAAGGAAGGGGGCACAGUGAGUUCGUUUGUAUGUCUGUUUCUUUUUUUUUUUUUUUCUCCAAACUCACUCAAUUCUGCUUUGAUCAGUAAAGCUCUGAGAUACUUGUCAGUGAAGCCAACCCCUUUCAGCCAGACCAAGUAUGGUGGCAGCCACUUGUGCCAUGUUCCAGCGUGGCCAUGCAAGGAGCACUGGGUUUGGAUUGUGCAGCAACGUUAACUGUAGAACAAUGUUCCUGCCAUUUUUUUUCUCUUUGCUUGCUUUCAACACAGUUCUCUUCUACUACGAUGCUAAAUAAGCUUUCAAGUAGUUUAAUAAUUGUUUUUUUUAUUUAAGUCACUAAAUGUUUGUGUUUAUUUCGGCAUGUAGGUAAUCUGACCCUGUAUUCCUGUCUGUUAAACUCUUGGCCAUAUGUGUUAAAAGCUGUUCUGAACUGCCUGUGCACUGUUAGCAGAGCGUUUGGGGUUGUGGGAUUCUUCCCACCUUCUGAAAUCCUGCCCUCUGCUCCCUUUUCAUCUGAGGUGUUUGGACAUACAUUGCUGGACAUUGAGUUCUUUUGCACUGUGAAGCAGUAUCACAGGGACCAAUUAAAUAAUGUGUUUGGCUUCUAUGUAGUUUAUUACAGUGUAAUGGACAGAGACGGACAACCUUUCUCAUCAGUGGCACAAUCCUGAUGAAAACCAAGGUUUUCAUGAGUUAUGUACAGUCUUGUUAAAGGUUUUAAAUGCUCUCACUGUUGUUCAGAGUAUUUUUGGAAUGGAAUAGGCUCUAUACUUGUUGCCAUAUUCAUACUUUAAUUAAUAUUGUGGAAAUUACCCUGUCACAAUUUGAGCUUUACUUGUUUUUAUCAUUCAUCCUGUAGAAGUUGAUAACAGAUCUUUGUUAUAUUGUUCACCUAGCUGAUUUUGUAUGUAUCUUAUAGAUGUAUUUUGUAUAUCUAUUAACAAGAAAAAAAAAAAAGAAAAUGAACAAUUGAUUAUUCUUAAAUGCACUGUGCUGUGUUUGGCCAUGACGAACCUGGAGAGAGAUGGAAGCCUGAAACAAAGGAACUGUUUUAUUUAAAUAAGUUAUGACUUCUUAUUGUAUGUUACUGCUGUUUUUUAAAUCCCUGUGCCUAUGUUUUUAUUAAGAGAAACGGUAACGUGUAUGUGCCUGGAGUAGCGCAGGCCGUCGGAAGCAAUAAAGCCGAUUUGUUCAGAAC